AUGUCCUGUCCCACCGACGCAGUCGGUUCGCGUGUCUCCGGUGUUGGUACGGCCGCGUAUGCAGCCCCCGAGGUCAUUUGCAUGGAAUUCUACAGUCCCGCUUCUGAUGUGUGGUCUUAUGGUGUGGUUAUCUGGGAAAUCUUUACAAUGCUGGAGCCCUUCAAAGAAUUUGACAGAGCUCAACAACUUGUUAACAUUGGUCGAAAUCGGCAAAAGCUAUUCAUUCCUCGAGUUGAGUGUGAUUUUCCAGAAUUUAUGGAUGCCCUUUUGACUCGUGAGCGUAGCAUUGGUCGCGGUACACCCUCGGGCAGCUCCGACAAUGUUGAAAUGCUUCCUAAAAAUUUUACGAAACAGUGUGCAGGCACAUUGCGGUUCGCUCAUAAAUUUCAUGCAUUUGAUAGGCCAAGAGGUUGCUGGGCUGACGAACGGGCUGAUAGGCCAUCGUUCAGUUACAUUCUUGAGUAUCUUUCGGAGGUCCAGAAAGACGCCUUCUUCACAUUGUCAUCCAAAGAAUUCACCGUGAUACAAGAUGCUUGGCGCCUCGAAAUUUCCAAUGAGUCUGAAUUGAGUCUGUCUGAGAGCUGUUCCAGUGAAGCCAGCUCUCCACUGCGUCGACAAAACGAGUAUUUGCAGCGCGAGAAUGCAAAAAUGCGGGAUGCUCUGCAAACUUUGCAGCUAAAUGAAGCGCGUUAUCGAGGCACGAUUGCUGGACUUCAAAAAAACAAUCAGAUUCUCAGCGUACUUGUGGCCAACACUCUGUACAAUAACACCGCUGCUUUGGCUGCCCCGGCUCCUCGCAAGAAGCCUUUUGUUAAGUCGCUUUUUCGACGAAACGAACAAAAAACCGUGAGUCAGUCGCCAAUGCCAACCGGCGACGGUGACAGCCAGUCGGGGGCACCCGAUCGCUCGCCACGUGAUUACUCGCCUGCUGUGAAACCGGGUGGGCGGCGCCACGGGGCCAGGAAACCGAGCAAGAGCAGCCCCGGCAUCUCGUACCCCUCUGAGGUCCGACACGUUGUUCACGUGCCCAGCGAACUUGUCUUUGAUCAGGCCAAUGCACUUCCCAAUGAUGCCGCUGAAACCGCCAGAUUUUUUGCUUUCCUCAAUGUGCAUAAUGGAUUCACAGCUCCCCAACCGACAUCUCAGAAGCGGUCUCAACAAAAACGACAGGCCAAAUCCCUCAAUGUAGAAGGUUUAACGAGCUACAAGAGUGCCCCUGAGCUAUCUGAGCAGGUGAAUCGCUCUGUGACAAAGCUUAACACCCUGGAGGGCAGGCACACAGUCUCAAGAGGUUCUACUCUUGAACCCUCGACUUCAUCCAGUCGGAAGCCUGUCACUUCCUUGGCCUCAGGCUCACAAGGCGGUGGUGGUGGUUCCUCAAAGCGUCAUCGAAUGGGGCUCUCAGCCCUGUUCCACACUUCGCGAAGCAAGCACAGCAGCACCUCCGGUAAGCCGUCUUCCCCCUUAGUCGAAUCUGUUUCGUGUCUGCCUCCGGCGCCGCCGUCAACUACUGAACCGUCGCCCACCCCGCUUUUGCCUCCUUCCACUACCUCUGUCACAACUGUACAACCACAUCGACUGGGUAAUAAAAGAAAGUCCUUCUCGACUACACCACGAAAAAUCUUGCUGCAUAAAAUUUUCCAGACAGAACGUAACAAACAAAGGCGAAUUAAUAGCGGCAAUAGCAAAACGUCACCAUCAGUCACGGCAAGUAAUCAAACAGAAUCCACCUCCCCUGCUUCUCCGAAAUACUUACCUGAACAGGCUACCCAAAGCAGUUCUGAGUUCGAAAAUAUGAAAGCAGUAAUGGAGACGUCCCAGAGUGCCCUUGUUCCAGCUGCCGGAACGAUCCCUCCACUUCCGCCUUACCUUCUGCGUCAGGGAAUAAAGGCGAAGGAACCCCGCCGUCGGCUUCUUGACAUUGUCCGGUCACCUCCUUCGCUUUUUUCUAGCACCGUUUUCUCAAAUGCUCGCCCUUACGCCCCCUCUAAUAUCUCAGAUGAGGAGGUGAAAGGGGAGUUUCGAAGGCGUCAAUUUGUGCGUUGCCCUAAAUCCCAGAGCCUCGACAUCCUCUUCCAACCAGAAGAGAUGAAUGGAACAGACGUGUCCAAAGGACAGGAAGAAGUAAACCCCAUGAAUCCAGUGCCUUUAGCCCUAUGGUCUGCUCUCAAGAUUGCGUCGUUAGCCCCUUUACUGCUUGGGAGCCAAAACCGUAUUAAUAUGAGCACCGUGCCCUCGCGCUCGGAACCGCCAACCGCGCCUCAGUCGGCAUCUUUUACACGAGUCACCUUUUCGCCAUUCACUUUUAAUGGUGAAGAUCUCACAGCCACCGCUCUAGGAAAAGCCCAAUCUUGUCUGGGCCGAAUUUCCUCAACUUUGGCACUGACCACUGCAUUUGUCGGUCGAAGUCGCCACCCCACACGAAAGCCAUGGAACGCACAACGAGAACUCUCUGCACCCACGCCCAGUUCAUCGCCAUGGCAGCAAAUGUUAAAUCAUCCUCCACCUGUGUACUAUUCACCGCCUCCAGGUGGUGGACCCGACACCUGUUGCAAGUGUGGGUGUCACUCGACGGGUGAAAGCCGACAGUCGUCUUCGGCUACGACUACCACCUCAUCUCAAUCAUCCUCUUCGUGGCUGCCCGUGGACAAUCCUGUGGCCCUCUCCAGAGAUGCCUACCUUAAGGUAACCCAAGAUGGCUAUCUCAACCGUUCCGCAAUCAACGGAAACUUUAACAAUGACGAUAAAGCAGGUGGUGUUCAAUCGCCAUCGAUGUUACUGAUGCAAUCCGUUGGUGGGUUCUCGCCUUCUCCCCUCUUCUCGCACAGUUCUUUUCUUCACCAGCAACAGCGAUCCAGUAACAGUCCUACUGCAUCCUUCCUUGGAUCACCCGAUGCUGUGGACCCGGUAGACGAUGUGAUUCUCCUGCCGGGGGAAGAAGUCGGGGAGCCGAGUUUCGGCGCAGGAGAAGCAGCUGAAGAUACUGCAACUCUGUAUGCGGAAUUCCAGCAGCUACCAAACCAAACGAGUUACGAAGCCGUCUUUGAUGCCAGCAUGAGUGAGGUCAGGAGCGUCGAAAGAGGCGGUUACAUUCGUAACUCACAUGUGCCCGGUAGCUUUAGUCAAGACAGCUUAAAUUUACAGGCUCCUAUCCCCGAUCUGUCAAUCCCGGUGCCACAUGAGCCAGGUGGAACAACAGGGUCGACUGCGGAUCGUCCCACAGACUUGCUUUCCUUUCCGUGUCGCCGACGAAAGGCAUUCCGUCUGAAGGACAAACCUGAAGGACUGCUCAGCUCCCCCGAAGACGAAGUGGAAAGCGACGCCGGCUGCAGCGACAACUCUACAAUCCCCUUAACCCCCUAA